AUGAGGGAAAUAAAACAUUUGGCGUCUUUAAUUACUGCAGUACUUGAAACACUAUGUUUCAGCGGAAUGGUUUAUGGCUGGGGAUCAAUGAGUUAUAUGUUGGAAAAAGAAGGAUAUUUUAAUUCGACUUGUAACAAUUCCGUCGGUUCUCUUAACCCAGCAACUCCUAACGCAGAUGCGGUGGAGUAUGCGGCACCUGCUUCGAAUUUAUUUCUUGAAGGACAAACCGAGGCCGAAUGUGAAAAGCAAGAGAAAAUGUUAACUUUAGUUUUCACGCUUUCCUCUGUCAUUUCAUCGGCUCUUAUCAUCAUUACUGGGUAUAUUUUCGAUAAAUUUGGUACUUGGGUGGUUCGAUUCUGUGGAAUAUCUCUAUACAUAGUAGGGUGGUUAAUCAUGGCCGUCACGACCAGAAUGGAAUCUUGGGCCGUAUUUCUCGCCAUGAUACUUGUUGGGAUUUCAGGCUUUCCUUUGGUUAUCUCAAAUGUUUCUAUUUCUAAUUUAUUUCAAAAUCACCGGGUGUUGGUUAUAUCCGUUAUAAACGGUGCGUUUGACUCGUCAGCAGUGACUUUUGCCUUGAUGAAAAUCGCUUACGACAGUGGAAUAGAGUUCAGUUACAUCAUGUACUUCAUGACUGCCUGUGCCGUGUUAAUGAUUGCGCGUUUCUUGUUUCUUAUGCCACGGAUGCAUAUUCCCUCUAUUGUGAGAGAUGAUUUCGAAUACGGUCUACAAUGUUGCAAAAUGAGACAGCAAUCACCUGGAGAAGAAGAAAUGAAUGAAUAUGGAAGUCUUAUAGAAAGAGAACCGGAGAACACUGCGAGCUUAAAGUCUUGCCUACUAAGUGUCAGUUUUAUAUUAAACUGUAUUCAUUUAGGCUCACUUCAAUUACGCACCCAAUUCUUCUACGGAACAACCAAGCCUUGGUUAGUACAAGUAGAUCACGACAAUCCAAAUGAAACCAGCACCUAUUUAAACGCAUUUGGUAUCAUUCAGUUGUGCGGCCUUCUGGUAUCUUCACUAGGAGGGAUUCUUACCGACUUUUGUAUCAAGAAAUUCUCGGUUACUUCGAGUGUGACAUUAGCCACUAGGAGAGCUGUUGCUAUAUAUAUCGGUUUAAGCAGUGUUUUCGCUAUCCUGUUUUCCAUAAUCGUUCUUGUACCAGUGUUGCCUUUACAAUAUUUAGCAUUUUUCCUGCAAGUUACAUUUCGCUCAUUUCUGUAUGGUGCCAACGCGACUUUUCUGAUUACAAUGUUUCCAGAAGCAUACUUCGGAAAACUAUAUGGGUUUACCGUUUUCUUCGCUGCUAUUAUAGCGCUUUUACAAUAUCCACUCUUUGACGCCGUGACUUACAUAUACGGUGGGGACUUCACUGUUAUCAACAUUUCGCUGCUGAUAAUAUCGAUUGCAACAAUAAUUCAUCCCAUAGUUUUGUACGUGAGACCAGUUACGGUCACAAGAUCUGCAAAUCAUGAUGAAGGUUAA